CGCAGGGGGGAAGGGGGAGGAGCUCCCGGGACCGUUGGCCCCGCCCCUUUCCUCUCAGGCGCGGAGCUCGUCGAGGCGGGAGCGGGAGCUCGUCCGGGGCAGGCGGCGCGGGCCGGCGGGUAGGUGGUGCUAGAACACUUGCUGUAUGGAAUCUUGCUCUGUAAUAUGGGGGAAGAGGAAGGACUGCAUCAGACACAAUUAUUGGACACAAUGUUUGUACGUGGACUGAAGAGGAAAUGUAUUGAUGGAGAGGAAGAUAUUGAAGGAACUUUAGCUGGUUUUAAAGCCAUUCCUUCAUAUAACCUGCAGCGUCAGUCACUACUAGACAUGUCUUUGGUUAAACUUCAGCUCUGCCACAUGCUUGUUGAACCUAAUCUGUAUCGUUCAGUACUUAUAGCCAAUACAGUACGACAGAUUCAAGAGGAAAUGACCCAAGACGGAACUUGGCAGAUGAUAAAUGCACAGAGUACAGGACCAACCUCUCUUGAUCGGCUGGUUUCAACAGAUAUCCUCUGUCGGUCUUCGAAGGAGCAAGCUGAAGAAAAGCUUGUUCAAGGUUAUAGUGGUUUCUCAAAAGACUUUGAAGACGCACAGUCAGAAGAGAGUUCAGAAAUCUUAAGACCUGCUCCACUACAAGCUCCCAGAAACCUGCAGAGUAAUGUGUGGGAUAUGGAGAGCCCUCCAGAAAAUAGAGGAAACUUCCACAAGUCAUUGGAUCAAAUAUUUGAAACCUUAGAAACAAAAACUCCUGAUUCAGUUGAAGAUCUCUUUUCGGAAGUCGACAGUUCCUAUUACAAUCUAGACACAGUAUUAACGGGAAUGAUGGGCAGUACAAAAAUGGGACACUGUGAUGUACUUGAAACUUUUCCUCAAGCUGCCACAAAUCCUAACUCUAACUGUAAAUCUGACCUUAAUGAGCUUGAUCAUUUUGUGGAGAUUCUUGUUGAAUCUUGAGAAUAAGAGUGAAGGAGACAUCCUUUAAAGAAGCCAGAUCCCGAGUAGUGAAACUUCCAGAUAGUUUGUCUUCUCAAAGCUGCACAUGAUCUUCCAAAAAAAAAAAAACAAAGCA